AUUCGUGCUAAAACGCCGCUUCCGCUUAAACGUCAAGGCUUUGCUGUCUUUUCGCGUCUUGGAACUGGAAUCGAAGUCCACAGCAGGUCUUUCCGAUCUUGUCAGCCGACACAAGAGAAGCUUGAAAUAAUCAUGGCAUCGUCCCAUCUGAACUGGUUGAUCGUGCGCGAUCACAACGCGUUCCUGCUGAAGCGGAGGGACAUCCGGAAGCCGUUCAGCACGGAGCCCGGAAACCUGACCAACUUGAGCUCGUUCCGUUACAGUGGGCUGGUCCACCACAAGACCAUCACGAUUACGCCGGCUGAGAAGAAGGGCGUCAACUUUGUGUACAACCGCAAGAAGGUCUUGAACAAGCCAGCCAAGGCGCCAGUCAAGGUCACGCUCAAGGAGGGACCGCGUCGUACGCUGAAGAAGAUUGCCAACAUGAUGAAGGCCAACCGGUACCGUGCGGAUCUGCGCGGAGCCGCCCUUCGCCGUGCCAGCGCCAUCCUUCGCUCGCAGCGCCCCACCAAGACCCGAAAGGGUAAGGCUGGAGCUGCGCCGGCAGCAGCCACCGCCGCUGCCGCCGGUACUGCCGCGGCUGCCGCUCCCAAGAAGGCCGAGUAAGCGUCUUUUUGAGAGGGGAAGGAGGUUGAUUCUUGCUCUCUGAGAGGGUAAGAGAAAACCUGCACGUGGAUGGGAAGGUAUUCGAAGCGGGAAAAGGAUAUAAAAUAAUAAAAACUUGAAUCCUAUUUUGGCAA